AUGGGACACGCUCCUGGUGUGGAAAAUACAGCUCUUGACAAGCCCCAGAAGGUCAAAAUGGCGGCUAGAAGUGGUUCUGGGGCUGAGGCAUCGGGGCUGGUCCACACCCUCCAAGGCCAUGUCGAUGAUAUUCGCACUCUGAUACAGUGUGGUAUCUGCAUUCGUCCCCUUUACGAACCGUUUACUAUCGCCUGCGGGCACACUUUCUGCUACUCAUGUCUAUCAUCAUGGUUUGCUGGUGGAAGAUCAAAGCGGACAUGCCCGGAUUGCCGAGCACCAGUCAAAACUCAACCAGCGCCAGCUUAUUUGGUCCGGGCUGUUGUACAGAUGUUCACAGGUCGAGCUGAACUUUUAGACAGAGGGGAAACGACUACGGAGCAUUCAAAGAACCAAAGGGACGAAGCGGAAAAACUGGACCAGGACAAGGCCAAUGAUCACCCAACCGAAGGAGGUUUAUUCGGGGGUCUUUUUAAGCCAAAGCCUCCCCCACUCAAACCUGUCAUUGACAUUGAUGACGGAGUGGUUCGAUGUCCGCUCUGUUCAUGGGAACUUGAAGGAGAUAAUUGCGCAGGGUGCGGCUACCGAUACCAGCCGGAUUCCGAGGAUUCAGAUGACAGUGGAUCAGCUGACUUCAGUGAUACCGACUUAGAUUCCCUGGAUGAUGAUGAAGACGACGAGGAAGAGAACGGUGAGCGUGAGCAAGGGGAAUCUGACCACUUCGAUGACAUUGAAGACCAUGAUGGCGUUUGGGGCAACUUUGCGCUUCAAUAUUACAGACCUACCUUCCCCCCGCGGCUUCCAUGGCCCCCAGGUGCUGGUCGGCUUUUUGACCGGCUUGAAAACUUAAUGGAAGGAGGACCUACCUUGAUCCCAAUGCCACCAGGGGUUCCAAUGAAUCAUGGACACUAUAUCCCUUCAGGCAACACCAAUGGGAGUGAAUACGAAGAAGAGGAAGAGGAAGAAGAAGAGGGAGAGAAUGAGUAUGACGAGUCAGACUCAUUCAUCGAUGCCGAAAACGACCAUCCGCCCACGAGUUCCUUCAUUGAAAACCAAGGCCAUCGUCUCGGGAGUGGCGAUAUGUAUGAAUCGGAAUCAGACCGUUCCACCGGAACUGUUGUAGAUGAUGUUCAGGGUGGCCACCAUCCCCUACCGAUUGGGCUCAAUUACAGAAACACCACGCCUUACUUUGACGACGAGGAUUCUGAUGAAGAGGAGCAAGAGGAAGUCUCAAUAGUCUCGGACGACAGAGAGAUGGUCGAUGAAGAUGAAGAGGAGGAUGAAUCCGAAUCUGAGGAAGACGCAAUCCUGACUACUGCACCGCGUCGUCAAGCUAAUUCAUAUCCACACCGGUCCCCUUGGUUCCAAGCCCCCAGCGAUGCUCCAUGGCUUGCAGCAAGGCCUUCGGUACCCAUCCCUGACUCAUCAGAAGAAUCGGAAUCUUCGCCGCCUACCAGACCUUCGAUACCAAUUCCUGACUCAUCAGAAGAAUCAGAAUCUUCGCCACCUAUCAGGCCUGCUAGACCCAGUGCGCGUCGUUCCAUCCAUCACGGCAGCACUGCUCAGAAUGUGAUCACCCUUGAUGAUUCCGACGACGAUCAGCCUGUCGGCCCAGUAAGAAGGGCCACACAGAGGCGACGUGCCAGGUUCUCUCCAUAUUGA